AUGGAGUGCUUGACGGAACGCACAGAUGCAAAGAGGAGGAAUGGCUACAUCGCGGCAGCAACUUCUAAGGGCAAAGUCACACUGGCCACCAGGCCUUUCUCCCGAGGAGUCGACUUUUCUAUGCCACAAGAGCACACAUUUGUGGUUAUUCAAACAUUUUUGUCCAGCUAUGCCAGCGAAGAGAGACAGCUCAAGGGCCGCACAGCACGACAGGGCCGAGGGGGACUCUACAUACAGGCGCUGUGUGCCGUACACUUAGAGGGGAAGUUCGGCUUCACCGAGCAAGACUUGAAGACUUUGUCCACAAGCACCGGCGAGCAGACACAGCGACUUUUAACGUCCAAGCAACAUGAGAAGACCGUCUCCAAGAUGCAGGGUGCUGCAGAACGUCGUCGUGCGGCACGAGUUAUUGAGGCGGAAACUCAAAGGUGGGGAGAGCUCCUUUUCAAGCCAAAUGCGGACAUCAGCGAGAAGCUGAAGAAGCUGGCAUCCUGGAAUGCGUCUGGGAGCAAGGUGCACUAUUCUGUCCUCUUGGAUAUCUCGGGAUCCAUGUAUGGCGAGAGCAAAAGGCAGAUGGACAGGGCCUUCAACCGUUUCCGGCAGGAGCUCGUGCAGCAGGAGGAGAAAGGCUCGACAACAAGCGUUUCGGUCGUCCUCUUUAACCACGAAGCCCAGGCCGAGCUAAGAGGAUUUUGGGUUUAG